AAUUUGUUUUGAUUUUUAUUUUGCUUUCGCAAAUUUUUCAAAAUUUCUCAUCAAUUUCUGCAUAUUUGAAGUAUUUGCUGAACAUUUUUACCAUUGUGUUGUGAAUUCAUAACAUCGACUUGAUCUUCACGAAUCCACCUACUGAUUAAUUAUGUCACCUCCUCGGAGAAGAAGCAAAGACAGAUAUAAACGCAGAUCGCGAUCUCGCUCUAGAGAACGAGAGAGGGACAGAGAAAGGGAAAGAGAGAAAGACCGCGAUCGAGAUCGUGACCGUGAUCGUAGAAGACACGAAGCACGGAGCAGAUCUCGAUCUCGUGACCGCACUCGACGACAUCGAUCUCGUUCGCCUCGUUUCAGGAGUCGGUCUCCUCGUAAUAGAUCAUUUGAAAGCAGACGAUCCAGAGAGAGGUCUAAAGACAGAAAACAUAGUAAACAGUCAAGUUCAUAUGCUCCUCAAAAAUUACUUGACACAAAUCUCGGAGAUUUAUCGAAUGAAGAGAAAGAAAUGAUGAAAAUGAUGGGAUUUUGUAAUUUUGAUACUACGAAAGGUAAAAAGGUUGAAGGCAACGAUGUUGGAGAAGUUCAUGUCAUUUUGAAGCGAAAGUACCGUCAAUAUAUGAAUCGGAAAGGUGGAUUCAAUCGUCCUUUGGAUUUUGUUGCGUGAUUAUUUCAUGUAUUCGUAUUGCUAAUAUAUUUAUCGUUAGUUUUGUAAAUAAUUAUAUAUUCAUUGAAUUUAUUUUUAAUUUUUAUAGUUUAUAUCCCAAAGAAUACGUACAUCCAUUUGACACAAACGUAUUAUUGUGGUCGUGUUUUUUACAAAAUGAAAUACAGAUAUUACGGUGUA